UAAAAAUACAAAUUCCCGGCUUGAUUGUUCAGUGAGUGAGAAUCCUCUUCUUACAACAAGUAGUCAAUAGGCAGUCUGCCCCGGUAAUAAUGGUGGACUCGCGGAGUACUACUAGUAGCUCGUCUUCGUAUCUCCAUAACUCAAACUCAAUCAAUAAUCAACCCCACUGCCUUUUGGCACGCCACAGGAGUCAAUAUACUACUCCUUCCUUUUGCUACAAUAUUAUAUAUAACCCAAAUAUUUAUAUAUAUACUUCCUCCUUCCCAAUUCUUUAUAGUUUAAUUUUGGGCAGGGUCAGAAAAACGCAGAGUCAAUCGAAAUAAAGUCAUGGCUUCUGGUAACCUACGUUGCGUGAUCGUGGCCGUCGAUGGCAGCGAGGAGAGCAUGGGCGCCUUGAAAUGGGCCCUAGACAAUCUCAAGCUCCGAGCCCCUGAUUCAGAAUCUGAUUCCUCUUCCGCCGGUGGUUUCUUCGUCAUACUUCAUGUCCAGUCCCCACCGACCAUCGCCGCUGGUCUUAAUCCCGGAGCCAUUCCUUUUGGUGGACCCAGUGAUUUGGAGGUUCCGGCGAUCACUGCAGCAAUCGAGGCGCAUCAGAGGCGAAUCACGGAGGCUGUGUUUGAUCACGCUCUCAAGAUUUGUGCUGAGAAGAAUGGGAAUGUGAAAACGGAAGUUGUUAUUGGCGACCCGAAGGAGAAAAUUUGUGAAGCUGUUGAGAAGUUGAAUGCUGAUCUUCUUGUGAUGGGAUCCCGUGCUUUUGGUCCCAUUAAAAGGAUGUUCUUGGGAAGUGUAAGCAACUAUUGCACCAAUCAUGCCCAAAGCCCAGUUAUCAUUGUCAAGGCCAAAGACACUGGUGCUUGAUUGAUAGUCAUAAAAAAUGUGAAAAUGCUAGAUGAUGAGGGAGGGAGGUGGCAGUGUAGCAUAUCUCCAUUGUUGAAUCACAAGAGCAUUUCAAAUGAAGUUUGAAUUCCGGAUUCUCUUUGAUAAAUAAAUCUUUUUGCGAAAAUGCUAGAUGAUGAGGGAGGGAGAGGUUGUGUAGCAUAUGUCCAUUGUUGAAUUUAAAUGUUGUUAGCUCUUUAGGGAAAUUUAAUAAAAUUUGAAUUCAGCAUUCUCUUGGAUUGAUUGAAUAAAUCUUUUAGCGAAAAUGCUAGAUGAUGAAGGGUUGUUGGUGAUUUUUUUUCUCCAUUUUAUAUAAUUCUAAGAUGGUAGUGCAAGUAUUAUAAGUGAUAAACCUCUAACAGGACUUUCAGCUUGUAAAAUCAGUCCAUACAUCACAUAUGCAUGCAUACAUGCACUCAUUUAUCUA